AUAUGUCAUUUGUCAAAUGAAAACACGAAGCUUUAUAAUUAAAAAUAAUUAGCAGCAAUUGAAUACACUUUAAUAAUUUCUAAGUAUUACAGAUUUAAAACCCAGUAAUCAAAAUGCCGGUAUUGGAGGUAAUUCCUAAUGGUAUACCAGCUGCAACAACAACAGUGGAAACUACAGAAACUCCUCAGGAAAGUAGCUCUGCACCCAUCAAUCCCAUUGUCGGGAUCAUAUAUCCACCACCAGAAGUUCGAAACAUCGUCGAUAAGACAGCGAGUUUCGUUGCUAGAAAUGGCCCCGAAUUCGAAGCUCGUAUCAGACAAAAUGAGUUGGGGAACCCAAAGUUUAACUUUCUCAACACCGGCGACCCGUAUCACGCGUAUUAUCAGCACAAAGUUAACGAUUUCCGUGAAGGAAAAACUCAAGAUACUCCGGCUGCGUUGCCAGGGGCUAUAGCAAAGCUUACAGUGUCGGCUUCUGCGCAACAAAAGCAGCAGGAGAUCCUUAAGUCCGUGGAACAGCCGUUUAUACCAAAGGAACCACCUACGGAUUUUGAAUUUAUAGCUGAUCCCCCUUCUAUUUCAGCCCUUGACUUGGACAUUGUAAAGCUUACAGCACAGUUCGUAGCCCGUAACGGUCGCCAGUUUCUGACACAGUUAAUGAAUCGCGAACAGCGUAACUUCCAAUUUGACUUUCUACGCCCGCAACACUCCCUUUUUCAGUAUUUCACCAAGCUACUCGAGCAGUACACGAAGGUUUUAAUUCCGCCCAAAGGGAUGCAGCAACGUUUAAGGGACGACUGCAAGAGCGCGCAGGGUGUGAUGGAAAAUAGCAAGUACCGUGCGGAAUGGCACAAGUAUCAAGAGGCGCAAAGAGCCAGAGAGGAGGAGAUUUUGGAAAGGGAAAGGGUCGCCUACGCGCAAAUCGAUUGGCACGAUUUUGUCGUUGUCGAAACUGUCGACUAUCAGCAGUUUGAGAUUGGUAAUUUCCCGCCGCCGACUACUCCCGAAGAGGUGGGUGCCAGGCUGUUGAUUCAGGAACGUAUCGAGGAAGGGGAGGAUAUUGAAAUGCAGUUGGAGAGUGAUGAGGAGGAUGCGACAACGAGGAAUGACGAGGGUCUUAGUCACAUGGUGGAUCGUACCGGACAUCGCAAGGAUGAUAAUAGAGUGCAAGAUAUGGAGGAGGAGAGUUCGGAUGAGGAUGGUGAGCCAAGGCAUGGUACGUCUAUGCAACCGCCUUUACCACCGAUUCCUGAUAAGGUGAUAGUUAAGAAGUAUGAUCCGAAGCAAGGUAUUAGCGCUUUUGUGGUGUUUCUUUGCGUUUUCUGCACAUUUAUGUUUUCAGCGCAUAAACCAGUUCGUCCAGUCGGCGGUGAUGACUAUCUUAUUUCGCCAAUCACCGGCGAAAAGAUCCCUGCGAGUAAAGUACAAGAACACAUGAGGAUCGGUUUGUUAGAUCCACGUUGGGUGGAGCAACGAGACAAACAUGUCACAGAUAAAAUGAGCCAAGACACUGUAUACGCUGCUGGUAGCGCUAUCGACGCGAGUCUUAAACAAUUGGCGGAACGGCGUACCGAUAUUUUUGGUGUGGGUGAUGAAGAAACUGCAAUCGGUAAAAAAAUUGGUGAAGAAGAUGUCCGAAAAGAUGAAAAGGUGACUUGGGAUGGACACACUUCAAGCGUGGAAGCCGCCACUCGAGCUGCCAGAGCAAAUAUUACCCUUGAGGAACAAAUUCAUCAAAUCCACAAGGUCAAAGGGUUACUACCAGAUGAAGAAAAAGAAAAAAUUGGUCCGAAGAAUGUCCUCACGAAAGCAUCAGCAGCCGCCAAAGCCGCUGCUAUUAUUUCUGCAAAACCACAAGCUAAUCCAAAUCCAACGCCUGUUAAAGCACCGUCAAAUCAACCACCCCAAAUGGGCCUGACAAUUUCGACUCAAGGUUCAAUAUUAGCUCAGUCACCUAUAAUGAUGAUGCCAACGUCCAUUCGUGCGCCACCACCCUUGAUGAUGGCAGCACCUCCAAUGGCCGGAUACGUCACCACAAUGUCUCACAUGACACCUGUGGGUGCCGUAAAUGUUAAACACCCCCUGGAGGCCAGCAUGGAGGACGAACCCUCCAACAAGAAAAUGCGUAACGAAGAUUCUCUCAUUCCUGAAGAAGUAUUUUUGGCAAGAAACACGAAUCCGGUAUCAAUUAAAGUUACCAUACCUUUGCAACCGGAAAAGACGGAAUGGAAAUUGGCAGGACAACUGCUCACUUUCAUUAUGCCACUUUCCGAAACUGUCGGGAAUUUGAAAGCCAAAGUUCAAGAGGAUACCGCCAUGCCGCCGGCUAAGCAGAAAUUAUUUUAUGACGGGAUGUUUUUCAAAGAUUCAAACACCCUCGCAUAUUACAACAUUACCACUGGAGCAAUUAUACAGUUGCAGAUUAAGGAACGUGGUGGUCGCAAGAAAUAAACAAUUUGACUAUUUUGAAUGUAUUCACAAUACCUUUGUAUUUCUAAGUUUGUGGUCCUAAUAAACAGUACUUUAGAAUUUU